CAGAUCUUUGCGGCGUCGGGUCAGUUCCCUUUUACAACAGGUUACGGCAACCACCGCAACACCUGGAUUUUGCCUGGAUUCUUCUUGUCUCUCGGUCUCUGUCUGGUGUCUCGAAUGAGGUCCUUACUCAUACAUCCUUCAUGCAAGCCUCGACGAGCGGUUCUAAUCCUUGUCAUCCUUGGGAUUGUUCUCCUUCUUUUCACGCACCCAACAACCCGCGCGAGAGGCUACACUUUCCUUGGUCUCUCUAUUGCGCCAUCGUACUACUGGCUUCGUUUUCAAGCCGAGCGGCUGCCACAACAUAAUCUUGCCUUGCCAUUUCCUGAAGGUAAAACUGGCCGUUAUGUGAAGUUUUCGGUGCAGGUGAACUUUUUGGGGUGGAACAACUGCCUGGGAGAACGAUUAAUGAAUGCUCAUCUUGCUCAUGUUUCCAAUCGCGCCUAUGUUUUCUCUGACUAUUGGUGGGCCCCUGAACACUUCCCAUUCUCUCCCGCUCCGAAGUCUGGUGCGCGGACACCAAUGGGUGCCCUUCUCGCCGGUCCAGUUGUCGGUGGCCCAUGGCAUCGCGACACAACCUUUCUAAACGACUCUUCUCAUCCCAAAUCACCUCGUGCAAUCUCUGAACGAUGGUGGAACAUUAUCUGCCCACUGUCGUCCCGCCGACUUAUCAAUACGGAGGACAUCAAGCCCCAUAUUCCUGGCGGAGUAGACCAUGCGGCAGGUCAACUAAUUUUCGAUACGUGGCGCAAACUAUUAUUGGAAGCGGAGGAGAGCUGCGUGGAGAUCGUGUAUACCUCAUUUGAUGCGGAUACGUUCCCUCAAAUAUUCGAUCUGCGACUGUGGGGUGGUCAGCGAGUGCUAGAGCUCUGGGAGGCCUUCUCCGCGUCUCCUGUCAGCACCCUAUUACGCCCUUCCAAUAUCGUAUCAGCCGCUGUGGAGAGCAAUCUUCGCAAAGGUGUCUUCCAUGGGAGAACGGGUGGAGGUCGGCCACCCAUUGGCAUGCCAAUGCCUUUUCGUCACAUGCUUGCGAUCCAUCUCCGCCGCGGGGACUACAUCAACCAUUGUCGUUUCCUCGCAAGUGUGGGUUCGGGCUAUUAUGGAUGGUCGCAAUUGAAAUUCCUCCCCGACGUGGCUGCCCAUCGAUUUCCCGGCUCAGACGAUCCGCAGAGGGAGGCCAAGGCAUUUGCUAUGUGUCUUCCCGAUAUCAAGCAAGUGGUUGCGCGGGCCCAUCAAGUAAGGCAGGACUGGGAUAAGGCGCUGGACACUGUCUAUUUGCUCACCAAUGAGUCCGGCGAGUUUCUGGACAUUCUUGUUACGGCUCUUCUUCGGGGUGGUUGGCGGACCGUGGUAACGACCCACGAUUUGCAACUCGAUAACGAACAGUUGGGCGUGGGUAUGGCGGUGGACAUGGAGAUCGCCAAGCGGGCAGAGGUUUUUCUAGGAAACGGGUGGUCUUCAUUCACCAGUAAUGUGAUUCAUCAACGAUUAGUAGCUGGCAAGGAUCCAAAGAGCAUUAGAAUGUUGUAG